UCUGAUGCAAUUCACGUUUCCGAAUUAAAUGAGACUAAUGCAUUUCUUUCGAUUAGCUCCCAGUUAACCGAGUUGAGAGCUCAGCUAGAUCGACAGGCCAAGAGAGACGAUCUGCAUAAUUUAAGAUCUUACAAACGUAAUUGUGCCGAAGCAACUGCCAAUUCUAAGCAUAGUGGAAUUUAUGAGAUACUGAUUCCCAACUAUAGUACUGAGCCCUUUAAAGUUGCCUGCGAUGCAAAAACUCAGGGAGGAGGUUGGACUGUAAUUUUGAGUCGUAUGGAUGGAAGUGUUGAUUUUUAUCGAAGUUGGAAUAUUUACAAAAAGGGAUUCGGAGACCUGGAUGGCGAGUUCUUCUUGGGAUUAGAUAAAAUACACGCCCUAACUGCAGAGUACAGCCAGGAGAUGCUCGUUGUUUUCGAGGACUUUGCGGGAAUUGAAACAUUUGAAAUAUAUGAGAAAUUUGCUAUCGGUGACAAAGAUGAACACUAUGCCUUACACACUCUGGGUACAGCCAAUGGAACUGCUGGCGAUGCCCUCAGAAGACAACAUGGUAUGCCAUUUUCCACUUAUGAUAGGGAUAAUGAUCGAUAUGACAAAAACUGUGCUGAACUCUACACUGGCGCCUGGUGGUACAAAGAUUGUCACGACUGCAACUUAGCAGGCAAAUAUAAGGACAACACCUUUGGUAAGGGCAUUAAUUGGCACACUUUUCGGGGUAAAGAGUACUCACUCAAAAGAGCCGUAAUGAUGGUACGGCCUAGAAAGUAAGGACUAUGCUUCUUCCACUACAGAACUAAUGAAUACAUUCAGGGGUGCCAAAAAUGUAUGGAGGUUUCUGUGGCACCCCUGAUUAUUUAUUUUUGAAAA